AUGGAGGAUUACGAGGACAUGGAAGAUUCCGAGUUUGAGGAAGAGAUUGAUAUCGAAGAAGACGAAGACGAAGAGGGAGAUGAAGAGGCAGAAGGCAUCGGAAUGAUUGAGGAAAACGAAGAUGAAGAUGGGGGUUAUGAUUACGAUGACGAGGAGGAUCAAUCUGCUCCAAUAUACACAAUUCCCCCAAGGGAAAUUGUCGCUGUUGAGCAUCCAUUGAUCGUGAAGAACCUUGAAAAUGGGAUCAAAACUUUUGGGCGUCAACCACAAUGGAACAAGAUUCUUGAGGGCACUGAAGAUGAGUGUAUUCCGCUUUUCCUUCGAACGAAAGAUCCUACAUGCGAACCGAUUUUAUCCUACAAUAGCAUCACCAAUAAUGUUCUCCUCAAGAUCACUGUACCGAAGCGUACUGGUAGAAAGCGAAAGCGUGGGUCUCAAGAUCCUUAUACCGAUGAUGGACGUCCAGCGUCUGAGUCUACCAUUGGCCAAAAUGCGUUGGGCGAUAUUCAAUCACACUCUUUGAAUGACAAACCUGCCAGCAUACUCAGAAAGCUACGAGACAAUGUUGGACUUUCCGACUAUCAUCAAUCCACAUCUCAAGCACCCUUCAUGUCACAUUUCAAAGAAACUGCAUUUUCCGCCAACUGGGGUAAGAUGCGGGAAUUCAAGCUGGGUACUGACAAAGGCUGGAAACCAAAUGAAGAGAUUAUUCCUCCACCAACAUUCACUCAUCAUCCGUUACCUUUCAAUUGGGGAUAUCGUCAAAAUCCCUUAAUUUCAACCGAAGUGGAUGCUGAAACAGGAGAAACAAGUAUAGUGAACCGCUCGAAAAUGCCAAAACUCGAAAUGCAGUAUGUACAUUGCGACGAAGACGAGGACGUGCCAACCAAGCCGUUCCGUGCAGUUCCAGAUGAUCCUGUUCUCAAGGACUUUGUGGCUGCGCUUCAACAAGCAAUGGGUGAACGCCCAAUCUGGACUCGUCGAGCAUUACAAAAUCGUCUCGCCAACGAGCCAGGGUAUUACUUAAUGAAACCGGCGCUCCAAUAUGUUGGCUACCAAUUUCGAAGUGGUCCUUGGCGUGAUGCCCUCAUAAGAUAUGGAGUUGAUCCCCGCAAAGAUCCAUCCUGUCGUAUCUAUCAAACUAUUUUCUUCAAGCUGUACGAAGAAGAUGAGCGUGCUCCUGAUGGUCAAUGGAAAGACAUGCGGAGUCAAUACACAAAACAUCAGGUUUUCGGCACAGGAGAUUGCCCAUCACAUAUGUUCAAUGGCACCUCUCUGACGCUCGACGGAAAAGUGUGGCAAAUCUGCGACAUAACGGAUCCCCUUCUUGUUCCUAUUAUACAAAACGCACCUAUGGCUAAGGCGUACGAUAACAAUCAUGAUGGAUACUAUAACAAUGGUACGCUCGCUAAGAUUCGAGCUAUCAUGAAAACCAAGUUGAUUGCUAUUCGCAGCAACAAAGUGGUCCCCGAAAAUGCUUUUGAUGUGGCAUUAAGCAUACCAGAUUUCGUCGAUGGAAAGGAUGGAAAGAAAGUACACGUGCCAGUACCGGAUAUGCGCUUGACUGACGAAGAGAUUGAGAAAUUAAGAGAAAAGGGGAUCAUUAGUGGAAUGAGCGGAAAAGGAGUGAGGCAUCUAGAUUCAAGGUCGAAGAGAAAGAAAUAUAGGAAGGGUGGCAAGUUGCCAACAGGAACUAAAAGAGCGAAGCAAUACGGGAUGAUGAAGGGACCAUCGACUUCAAAGCCUAAAACCUCAGUCUCUGUACCACAGCCUCGAACGAAGAACACAGCUACCUCUCCUGACAACGAUGUUACGCCAGAUGUUACGGGUGUAGGUGCCCCAGGAGACAUAUCCACGGAAGAUACUACGAAGGUGAUGAAUGAUGCGUGGGAAGACGUGGUAGAAGAAGGGAGGGGACGAAUCGAAGUGGAAGUGGAAGAGGAAGGAGACGAGGAAGCAGAACAGAAUGGGGAAGAUUUAGCAGAGUUGGGGUCUGAGAACGAAAGCACAGGUUCGGAGGAUGAAUCGGAGGCCGAGAAGGAAAAGGAAAUGUUUAUUAAGAAUUAUGAAGCGAGAAAGGUGGCCGGUUCAAUUGAUCACUGA